UCCAUCUUGCUCCCAACAUGAAUGCCUUCAUUCUCCUCGGCCUGGUGGCGGUCAUCGCUAUUGUUUAUGUAGAUGCUCACGGUCGAAUGUGGGAACCAGCGGGUAGAGGAACAGAAUGGAGACGAGGUUUCCAGGUCCCAGAAGAGAAGAAAGAUUACAAUGAUAUGGAAGGCUUUUGCGGAGGAAGAACGGUACAAUGGCAGCAAAACGGUGGCAAGUGUGGUGUUUGUGGAGACAACUGGGCCGAUCCAGAGCCACGUGAACAUGAAGAUGGUGGGAGAUUUGACGCUGGAAUUAUCACAGGGACGUACGCGUCUGGAAAGGUCAUCGAAAUCCAGCCGGAUGUUACAGCCAAUCAUCUUGGUUGGAUUGAGUUCCGCCUGUGUGCCAGAGACAGCCGAAGCACUCCUCUUACCCACCAGUGUUUGGACCAACACGUGUUGGCGGACGUGAAGGGGGAGACUCGUUUCUGGAUAGGGAGUGCUAAAGGAGUGCUCAAAUUCCAAAUUCGACUCCCUGCUGGUGUCACGUGCAAAGAAUGUGUUAUUCAGUGGAAAUACAACACAGGUAAUGACUGGGGUAUCUGUCCCAAUGGAAGCGGAUUGGUCGGCUGCUCUGACACACCAGAACAGUUCUACGCAUGUGCAAACGUCGAAAUUGUUUAAACAUAGCGAUAAUUAUUCACAACAUUAUUAUAGCAAAUUUUAAAUGGUGUAAGAAUGGUUGAAAAAUUGUUUUAAUCCAAAUAGAUCGGAGUUUUGAUUUUAUAGUUUAAAUUUGAUUUUUGUGUGAUGUUAUCAAGGAAGAGACGAGUCUUGGGUUGGUCAGAUUAAUGUUCACCUUAUCUGGAGUUUUAAUUUAUGUUGAAGAUUAACAAGAGUGAAUAAAUAAUAUUUUACUAUUGUUCCGUAUUCAAAUUUGACCUAAAUAACUUCAUCUGCAACAACAUUCUAAUAAAGAAAGCAAUCCAAAGCAUUUAUUGUCUCUGUGCAUUGUGUCCUGUUUG